AGUGGUGGAUGCGGAUGGAAACUUAUACUUCGUAUUUGCCAUCUUCACCAAAGUAGAGGCAUGCACUCAAAGCUAAAAUUUUAAAUGGGAUGCGUUCAGGCGACUGCGGUGGAGUCGAAGCUGACAGGUCUUUUUAUUCAAAGUUGAGAUCAUUUUUACUGGCGUAUUGCGGAUAGGUGCGUUGCGCGCGGUGGUGCAGCUAACUACUCUGUUUCUCUAAAGAUUUCAAGGACACAGCCUGAAAAAAAUACUUAUUCCACAGUAGGAAGUGACAAUUGAAGUCACAAUGGCAGCUGUGGCACUCAAUGGAUCGAACAUAACAACGGGGAACUUUACGAAUCAGUUUGUUCAGCCGCCUUGGCAAGUUGCCCUGUGGUCGGUCGCCUACAGCUCCGUUUUGGCGGUGGCUGUGUUCGGAAACCUCAUCGUCAUAUGGAUAAUUCUCGCCCACAAACGAAUGCGGACAGUCACCAACUAUUUCCUUUUGAACUUGGCAUUUUCGGACGCAUCCAUGGCCGCCUUCAACACAUUAAUUAAUUUCAUAUAUGCUGCCCACGGAGACUGGUACUUCGGAGAGGCUUAUUGCAGGUUUCACAACUUUUUCCCCGUCACCUCCGUGUUCGCAAGCAUCUAUUCGAUGACUGCAAUUGCCGUUGAUAGGUACAUGGCCAUCAUCCACCCUCUGAAGCCACGGCUGUCGGCCACAGCCACCAAGGUGGUGAUCAUGUGUAUCUGGGCGCUGGCUGUGGUGCUGGCCUUCCCCCUCUGCUUCUACUCCACCAUCCGCAUCCUGCCCCGCCGGACCAUCUGCUAUGUGGCCUGGCCCCGCAAGGAGGACGACCCCUUCAUGUUUCAUAUCCUUGUGAUGCUACUGGUCUACCUACUGCCCCUAAUGGUAAUGGGCAUCACCUACACCAUCGUCGGGGUGACACUGUGGGGGGGAGAGAUCCCGGGGGAUUCAUCUGACAACUACCACGGCCAGCUCCGGGCCAAGAGGAAGGUGGUCAAGAUGAUGAUCAUUGUGGUGGUGACCUUCGCCCUCUGCUGGCUGCCGUACCACGUCUACUUCAUCGUGACGGGCCUCAACAAGGCUCUGAUGAGGUGGAAGUCCAUCCAGCAGGUCUACCUGUCAGUGAUGUGGCUGGCCAUGAGCUCCACCAUGUACAAUCCCAUCAUCUACUGCUGCCUCAACAGCAGGUUCCGGGCUGGCUUCAAGCGGGCGUUCCGCUGGUGCCCCUUCGUCCAGGUGUCCAGCUAUGAUGAGCUGGAGCUGAGGGCCACCCGUCUCCACCCGGCCCGCCAGAGCAGCAUGUACACCCUGUCCCGCAUGGAUACCUCCGUGGUAGUGGUGUAUGACCCUGUAGACGGAACAAACAACCAGAACCAGGCCAGGAAGAAGAGCUACGUCAACCAGAGAAUGGAAAAUGGGCUCGGUUGCAAUGGGAACGGGACCAAGGCGAAGGCAGUGCGCCCCAAUGCUGAGGCUGAGGACUUCUCCUAAAGGAGGGCAUACUGGAUGCAGACACACACUGUCAGGCAUGAGCAAACACACAGGCAUGUGUGUACAGUACAUGCAGAGACGGGUGGACA